CUAAAAUGGAGGGAGUUGUGUUUUAACGGACUUUUGGACUAUAUAAAUUCCACUUAGGUCACCGUAGAGUGACCUGUAGCGAGUAACUAUGGCAAAUGGACGUAGCUUUCGAGCUAGCUUGUGAAGCCCUUAGAUGCAAUGAGGUGCCAGUUGGAUGUGCGUUUGUUUACAAAGGAAAAGUAAUUGUUACGGGUCGAAAUGAAGUGAAUGCAACGAGAGAUGCCACUCAGCAUGCCGAGAUGGUAACAAUAAAGCGUUUAGAACAGUGGUGCAAAGAGAAUAAAAAGGAGUUUAGCCAAGUAUUGGCUGAUUGCAAGCUGUAUGUUACAGUAGAACCAUGUAUAAUGUGCGCCUCUGCACUGCGUUAUUGCCUUCCUACUAACGUGAAAAGUGUCAUAUAUGGAGCCUGUAACGAACGUUUUGGAGGCUGUGGUUCAGUUCUUAACGUUCAUAAUGCUCCUGGGUCAGUUCCUGCACUGAACUGCAUUUCUGGCAUUGAAGCCGAUAAAGCUAUUGUAUUGUUGAAAAAGUUCUAUUCACAAGAAAAUGAAAAUGCACCAGAAGAACUUCGAAAGCGCAAGUGUGUCUCGAAGAUCGACUGACAGACCCGUUAAAUUUCUGCAUAAAUAAUUUUUGUAAUCCAGUCCUAGUUCUGUAACAAGUUGGUCUCAUUCACUUCAUCGCCUUAUUUUUCUCCAUCCUGCUUCAAGUAAAACUUGAUUCCGGUUUCGGUGUAAAACAUAUGUGUAACUGUGUUUACCUUUAAAAGAGGUAAUACCUCUAAAGUUAUGACAAUGUUGAAGCAUCACUACAAACGAAGUAGUCAUUUGUCUGGUUCAUAAGUGGAAAAAAGUGGACAUUUAAUUCUGGUGUGGUGUUUCAUAAUUUGAUAUGAAAAAGUAUUCGAGGUGCAAUGUUCUAGUGUUAAGUUCUCCAUAGCAUAUAAGUCUAUUUUACGUUCCUGUCACCUAUGUAUGUGGGUAUACUCUGAGACCUCAGGCUCAAAUUAUCUAGGUAGAAUGUUUCGUUCCAUACAUUUCAAAAUAAAAAGAGGUAUGUCUAGGAAACACA